ACAUACUAAGAGCGAGCGCUGCGCGCGCACACCGACGUCAGGCGGCUCUUAAAACGACAUAAGGCUCCCGGACAGGCGGUCAGUCACCCGCCGGUAAUUUACUUUCGGGUCCCGGUGCAGGUCUGAAAACAACAGUGACGAGUUCUGAAUCAUAACAGUAGCGCGUGCAUUGUGGGAUUUGUAGUUUUCAAUCUGCGCCAGGAAGAAAUUCAGUAGUAUCAUGGAAGUUUGUUUCAGCCAGGGAAUAAAAAAGCAUAAAUUGAAGUCGUCACAGAAGGAAAAGAUCCGUCAAUUUAUGUCCUUCACGCGGGCUGCAGAGAGAACCGCCCUGUACUGCCUGACCCACAAUGACUGGAGACUAGAGACGGCCACCGAUAACUACUUCCAGAACCCUGAUAUCUACCGCAAAGACUCCAUGAAAACAGCAGUGGAUCGCAAGAAGCUGGAUCAGCUGUACAACCGCUAUAAAGAUCCACAGGAUGAGAAUAAGAUCGGCAUCGACGGGGUUCAGCAGUUCUGUGAUGACCUUAUGCUGGAUCCGUCCAGUGUCAGUAUCCUGAUUGUGGCGUGGAAAUUUAGAGCGGCGACGCAGUGCGAGUUCAGCCGCAAAGAGUUCCUGGAUGGGAUGUCAGAGCUGGGGUGUGAUAGUCCAGAGAAGCUGAAGAGUCUUUUACCCAGACUAGAGCAGGAGCUGAAGGAUUCUGGGAAGUUCAAAGAUUUCUAUCAGUUCACGUUUAGCUUUGCCAAGAAUCCUGGUCAGAAGGGUUUAGAUCUGGAGAUGGCUGUGGCCUAUUGGAAUCUCAUUCUCACCGGACGCUUUAAGUUUCUCGACCUCUGGAACACUUUCCUUCUGGAGCAUCAUAAAAAAUCCAUCCCUAAAGACACUUGGAACCUGCUGCUGGACUUUGGAAACAUGAUUGAAGAUGACAUGUCCAACUACGACGAGGAGGGUGCGUGGCCGGUGCUCAUUGAUGACUUUGUGGAAUUCGCUCGGCCGAUCGUGACUGCAGCAAAUCACAAGACUCUAUACUGAGCGCUUACAGGGAGGCCUCUCUAUACUGAUUUUUUUUAUUUUUAAAUAAAAAAAACAACAAAUAUAUUUAAAAAAAUAUAUAUUAAUAAACAGAGAGAGUUUGU